AUGCGGCUGUUUGCUAAUUGCCAGCAGAAGUCCUCCCGCCAACUAGGCACCCGGUCCUAUGCCACCGCUGAACCAGACCUGAAGACCGUCUUCAAGGAUGCCAUUCCAGCCAAGCGAGAGCUUCUCAAGCAGGUCAAGGCCCGUGCCGACGAGAACAUCGGCCAGGUCACCAUUGGCAACACCAUUGGUGGUAUGAGAGGCCUCAAGGCCAUGGUCUGGGAGGGUUCUGUUCUUGACGCCAACGAGGGUAUCCGCUUCCAUGGCAAGACCAUCAAGGACUGCCAAAAGGAGCUCCCCAAGGGCACCACUGGCACUGAGAUGCUGCCUGAGGCCAUGUUCUGGCUCCUCUUGACCGGCCAGGUCCCCUCUACCGCCCAGGUCCGCGCCUUUUCUCGCGAGCUCGCUGAGAAGUCGGACCUCCCAAAGCACAUCCUUGACCUCGUCAAGUCCUUCCCCAAGGAUAUGCAUCCAAUGACCCAACUGUCUGUCGCUGUUGCUGCCUUGAACACUGAGUCCAAGUUUGCCAAGGCUUAUGCCGACGGCAUUAGCAAGGCCGACUACUGGGAGCCAACCUUCGACGACAGCAUUGCUCUCCUCGCCAAGAUUCCACGUAUCGCUGCUUUGGUCUUCCGCCCCAAUGAGAUUGAUGCCGUUGGUGCUCAGAAGCUCGAUGCCGGCAUGGACUGGGCAUACAACUUCGCUGACCUGCUUGGCAAGGGCGGCAAGGAGCACGAGAGCUUCCACGACGUCCUCCGUCUCUACCUCGCUCUUCACGGCGACCACGAGGGAGGAAACGUCUCUGCCCACGCCACUCACCUUGUUGGUUCUGCUCUCAGCGAUCCAUUCCUCAGCUACAGCGCUGGUCUUCUCGGACUUGCUGGCCCCCUUCAUGGACUUGCUGCCCAGGAGGUGCUCCGAUGGAUCUUGAACAUGAAGGCUAAGAUCGGUGACAACUUCACCGACCAGGACGUCAAGGACUACCUUUGGUCCACCCUCAAGUCUGGCCAGGUAGUCCCUGGAUAUGGCCACGGUGUGCUCCGAAAGCCUGAUCCUCGUUUCGAGGCUCUUAUGGACUUUGCCAGCACCCGCCCAGAUAUCAUGGAGAACCCUGUCUUCAGACUGGUCAAGAAGAACUCCGAGAUUGCUCCAGGUGUCCUCACUGAGCACGGCAAGACCAAGAACCCUCACCCUAACGUUGACGCCGCUUCCGGAGUCCUCUUCCACCACUACGGUUUCCAGCAGCCGCUCUACUACACCGUCACCUUCGGUGUCAGCCGUGCUCUUGGCCCACUCGCCCAGCUUAUCUGGAGCCGUGCCCUUGGUCUCCCUAUCGAGCGACCAAAGAGUAUCAACCUCCAGGGUCUCUUGGAUUCCACUAACAAGAAAUAG